CGUCGUUGUAGUUCGAAGGAGGAGGAGGAGGUGGACAAGGUUGGCGGACGAGGAGGAGGAGUAGUGUGGCAGCGGAUUGUUUAAGAUUAUGCGUUUUUCCUUCCAGCGGUAGAGUGCACAAUGGCGGCGAUGAGUAAUCCUUGCGCUCCCAUGGGUGCUCGAGUGGGAGGAAGCCCAUUAAGCAGCGGAUGUAGUAGUAGCGCGCUGCGAUUCAAUGUCAAGAGUGCGAAGUCUGUUUCUUUUUCUUUCGGGGAGGUGUUGGGUUGCGAUGGUGGUGCUCCCCUCAGCAUCGGAAUCAAGACCCGUGUGGUGCCAUGGCGCACUCUCAAACUGCAAAGUCCCGCUCCUUCGAGCGACCAACACUCUUCGUCCACCGCCCUCCGAUGUCUGGGCACCUUGGGCCAGAAUACGCUGAAGGCUCUGGUGGAUGAGGCGACAGGAACAUCUACAGACGAAAAGCAGUACUCUUUAGAGUUGCAGGAAGACGAGGAGUUGCUCAAGAAAAAAGCAGCGCUCGUUGUACAGCAAUUAGCAGGCAGCUGCAUUUUCCUCGUUGGCAUGAUGGGUAGUGGGAAAACCACUGUAGGUAAACAUGUCAGCGAGGCCCUCGGAUACUACUUCUUCGACAGUGACAAACUAGUCGAAGAAUCGAGGGGCAAAACCGUCGCGGAGAUGUUCCGGUACGGUAGAGAGGAGGAAUUUAGGAACGCCGAGUCUGAGGUCCUGGAGCAGCUAUCGUCCAUGGUUCGGCUUGUUGUUGCUACCGGCGGUGGCGCAGUUGUUCGGCCCGAGAAUUGGAGCUAUCUUAGACACGGAAUAACCGUGUGGUUGGACGUGCCGGUGGAUUCGUUAGCUGAAAGGGUGGUCGCAGUCGGAUGCCAUUCACGUCCUCUUUUGGGUGUACAGGCUCAUGAUUCGGCUUACAAGCAGGCGUUGGAACGGCUGACGCACAUUCUUCAAGAGAGAGCUGAUUUUUAUGCAAGUGCCGACGCUGUGGUGUCGGUGGAAGAACUCGCGAGGAAACGAGGCCAGGACAUCAACUCAAUCACACCUACCAUGAUCGCGGUCCAGGUGCUGGAAGAAAUCUCCAAAAUGCUGGAGAGGGGGGAUAGGGACCCCAGCCUACAAUACUAGAACGCAGUAAACUCGUCUUUUCUGCUUCGUGUUUUUGCGAGAGAACAAGCCCAUCCAGCAUAUCCAUUCUCACAUCCAGAGAGACCAGACGUCUUGUGUAUUCAUUGGUAUUACUACCCCAAAUCGGAAUAACGCUCCUUCAUGCAGGCCCCUUUACUUGUAAGUACCAUUGAAAUUUAGAUAGAUAGAGAGUGAGAGCCAGAGCAAGGGUAUACGGGACCGGAGGCAUUGCGGGAGCAUGAAAGUGGUAAAUUCACAAAACAGCUGUCCCUAUUGAGACACAUCUCAGUUCUUUGUACAUACACCGUCAUGGAAUUUAGUCGAUUUACCAAUAAAGCGGAAACACGAUUUUGAUUUCUCAUUG